CCAGGCGUGAUUUCUUACAGCGUGUAGCUUUCAUCAAUGAGGGCAGAAAGACGUAAAGCGUCGCCUUUCUUCACGUUUUUGUCGUAAACACAGAUAAGUUCGCCCGUUAUUUCGGAGCCGAACAUUUGCACCGGGGACUUCCUGAAGCAAUGGCCCCGAGAAAGACCCCCAAAGGCCCCCCCAGAAGAGAGGGGAAGACGCCGACGGAAGGCAAGAACGGGAAGAGGACGGAGAGAGGAGGAGGAGGAGGAGGAGGAGGAGGAGGAGGAGGAGAUGCACAAGGAGGAGGAGGCGGAUCCAAGUACUCCAUGUUUACCUGGUUCGUGGUCCUGGCUCUGCUGGGGGUCUGGAGCUCCGUGGCCGUGGUGUACUUCGACAUCGUGGACUACGACAGCGUCCUCGCCAGAGCGAAGGAGUUCCGUAUGAACUUUUCUGAAGUUUUACAAGGUAAACUGACGGCCUACGACACCGACGGAGACGGAGACUUUGACGUGGAAGACGCUAAAGUUCUGCUCGGACUGAAGGCUGCAGGGAGGAGCCAUGAUUCACCUGAGAGGACAGUCUUAAAAACCAAAGAGAACAGCGAGCGUCCGGCUGAAACGACCAAUCGGCAAGCUGCAAAGCCUCAGGGGGCGGAGCCAACGCGGUCCACGUCAUCCGAAACCCCGAUCAGGGAGACAGAGAGCCACGAUGAUGAUGAUGAUGAUGAUGAAGUCUCUAGAUAUCAUGACGUGGAGUCUGACAUCCAAGCUGCUGUCCCUCUUCCUCCAUUCGUGGAAGAGGACUUUGUGCCAGACGACUCUGGAGGCAGCCAUUCGAACGAAGAAGGAGUCGUCUCUGUGGACGCGACCGGAGUUCUGUUGGAGGAGCGCCCCCCGGAGGACAGUCAAGACUCUGGACCUCACCUGACCAGCUCCAGGCGUACACAAGAAGCAGAGGACCAGUCUGAACCAGAACCAGAACCAGAACCAGAACCACACAGCGACACACCAAAGGAGGCUGAGGGGACAACCGGGAGGCACGUCGAGGAGAAGCUCAAAGAAAAAGCAAAGAAAAAGAAACCGUUGAAGUUGUUGAACAAAUUUGAUAAAACGAUUAAAGCGGAAAUCGAUGCUGCGGAAAAGCUCCGUAAGAAGGGGAAACUGGAGGAGGCGCUCAGAGCGUUUGAGGCUCUGGUGCAGCAGAAUCCACAGAGCCCCCGGGCCCUCUACGGGAAGGCCCAGGCGGAGGACGACCUGGCUGAGAAGCUGCGCAGUAACGACCUGCUUCUGAAAGCCAUCAACAGCUACAGAGAGGCAGCGGAGCUCCCCGACGUGACCUCUGACCUCCUGAGGGCGGCGCUCAAGAGACGGGCCGAGAGGCAGCAGUUCCUGGGUCGUGUCCGGGGCUCCCUGCUGACGUUGCAGAAGUUGGUUCAGGUGUUUCCAGAAGACGUCGGUCUGAAGAACGAGGUGGGCGUCGCCCACCUGUUGCUAGGAGACAACAAGGGCGCCAGGAAGGUCUUUGAGGAGGUUCUGGUGGUUGCCCCUAGUAACGGCUUCGCUAAAGUUCACUACGGUUUCGUCCUGAAGUCGGAGAACAAGAUAGAAGAGAGUUUACCUUAUCUGAAGGAGGGUUUGGAGUCGGGGGAACCGGGGACCGAUGACGGGCGUUUCUAUUUCCACCUGGGCGACGCUCUGCAGCGAGUCGGAGACGACAGCGCCUAUUACUGGUACGAGUUGGGUCACAAGCGCGGCCAUUUUGCGUCUGUGUGGCAGAGGUCUCUGUACAACGUGGACGGGCUGAAGGCUCAGCCGUGGUGGACGCCCAAAGAGACGGGAUACACCGAUCUGGUCCGGGCGCUGGAGAGGAACUGGAAGACGAUCCGGGAGGAGGCGCUGAAUGUGAUGGACCAGAACACGGGCUCCUUCAUUCCUGAGGAGGAGAACCUGAGGGAGAAGGGAGAGUGGGGCCAGUACACUAUCUGGCAACAAGGUAAAAAAGUAGGAAACGGCUGUCAGGGCGUCCCGAAGACCUGCUCACUGCUGGAGAGGUACUCUGAAGCUACAGGCUGCAAGAGAGGACAGAUUAAGUUCUCCGUGAUGCACCCUGGUACUCAUGUGUGGCCUCACACUGGACCCACUAACUGCAGACUCAGGAUGCACCUCGGACUCGUCGUCCCCCAACACGGCUGCAGGAUCCGCUGCACGGACCAGACCAGGGAAUGGGAGGAAGGUAAAGUCCUGAUCUUCGAUGACUCCUUCGAGCAUGAGGUCUGGCAGGAUGCCGACAGCUACCGGCUCAUCUUCAUCGUGGACGUGUGGCACCCGGAGCUGACGGCGCACCAGCGCCAGACCCUGACCCCCAUCUAGACCUGGACCCGGAUCCCCCUGGGACUCAGACCCUGACCCCCAUCUAGACCUGGACCCGGAUCCCCCUGGGACUCAGACCCUGACCCCCAUCUAGACCUGGACCCGGAUCCCCCUGGGACUCAUCGGAGCAGCUGGUUAUUCUUCUUCUUCUGUGGUUCCUCCGGCUCGUUCUCUGCGGCUUUUUACAGUUUUUCUUCGGUCGGGGAAUCGAACCGUCGGACCGGAGGAGACGAAAACGCUGACUUUACAACCAAAACACGAGCAUGCGGUACGGGUGGUAGUCCUGGUGGUCCCGAGUCCUGGUCCUGGUCCUGGUCCGGGUUCGGGUUCCCACAGUCGGUUCAGAGUUUAUCUUUUUAAACCAGAAGAGAGUUUUUUUGUUUCCAGAUCUAGAAAACUCACUUUGACUGAAGGAACCUUGACUGACUUGUUUCCUCUCCUUGUUUCCUUUCCUUGGUUCCUCUCCUCGGUUCCUCUCCUUGGUUCCUCUCCUUGUUUCCUCUCCUCGGUUCCUCUCCUUGGUUCCUCUCCUCGGUUCCUCUCUUCUCCUAACCUGAUCUCCCCUACUUGUCUCUGAACUAGAUCUGGACCCGGGGUCUGGUUCUGGGAUCAGGGUUCAGGUUCUGAGUUCUGGUUCUGGUCCCGGUUUCUGGGAUCUAGACCCAGGUUCUGAGUUCUGGUUCUGGUCCCGGUUUCUGGGAUCUAGACCCAGGUUCUGGUUCUGGUUCCGGUCAAAGUGAGUUUUCUAGAUCUUGAAAAUGUUUUUCAGUUUAUUUUCUGUAAAAAUAUAAAUUAUAAAAACACUAAAAUGUUUGAAAAUAGUUUUCAUAACGUUGUUGUUGUUGUUGUUGUUUAUGAAAUAAGAAAAGAAGCCUCAUGUUUACCACUAAA